AGCGGGCGGCUCGCCCUGAGCGCGAUGGCAGGGAGGAGAGGCCAUGGCAGGCGGAACGGAGGUGGAUGAGCUUAAGGCUCUGCCUUCGUCGUCCGCACAUCGAAGCAGCUUCAUCUUGCAAGGAGGACGCCCGUCCUCCGGGCACCGCAGGAUCUCAGAGAGCGGCGAGGUGACCUUGCGCUGCAACGCCACGAGAAGCGCUGGAGUGGAGGAGUUGGCCAGCCUGCUCACAGAUGCGGUGUCGGGCUACUACCACGAGAGAGGCAUCCACUGCUCUGCAGGAGAGGCCUGGGUGCGCUUCUUUGGCGACUGCGAUGUGGACGGCUCGGGGCGCAUCAGCUUCGAUGAGCUGGAGACCGCCAUCAGGAAGCGCUUGCGCUCCGGCAUCUCGCGGUACCAGCUGCUGGUGCUGUGGCGCCAGCUGGACUCUGAUAACUCCGGGGAGGUGAGCGUCGAGGAGGUGGUCCAGUUCCUCUACCGCGUGGAUUUGUCCUCCUGGCCCGAAGCGGAAGUGCAGUCCGUGAAGCGGGCGGUGCGGCGGCUCCACAAGGCCGGGGCGAUGUGGCACCAAGCAGCUGGCAACUGGUACAAGAUCUUUCUCCAGAUCGACUUCCAGAGUCGAGGCUUCAUCACCCUGGACGACCUGAAGCGCGCGGUGCGCGGCGGCUUCUAUGGCUUCCGGCUCUCGGCGCAGGAUUUGCCGGACGACCAGCUGCACCAGCUCUGGAAGGCCAUGGACGACCAGGGCGACAUGAGGGUGCCGCUGCGGAAGUUCUUGGCCUUUAUGCGCAGGAUGGACAGCCCCGCCUCGCAGCUGAAGAAGCGAACCCGCCAGGUCAGCGAGGGAGUGGACUGGGAUGUGCCGGAGCUGAGUAUGGAGCAGAUGCUCCUGGCUGCCAAGGAGCUUGCGCGUGGCAUGGCCAGGUUGCGGCGUGCGCCCACAAGUCUCAACACGCCGGAGGUGUGGACGCACUUGUUCCAGAUGAUCGACUCCGACGGCAGUGGCCGUAUGAGCUUCGCGGAGUUCGAGGACUGCGCCCGGAAGAUGGAGGUGAGUGAGCACGUGCAAGAGCUGGGCAUCAAGGCACUCUGGUGCCUGGUGGAUGCUGACCGCAGCGGGCAAGCCACGGAGCGGGACUUCGUGCUCGCCUUGUACCGGCUGCAGCUGGACAGCUGGCAGAGCCUGGAGCGGCCGGAGCUCCAGAAGGCCAUGGAGAAGCUGAACGCAGCCGCUGACAAGUGGCAUCGAGCAGGAGGGAAUUGGUUUAAGGUCCUCUCGAUCUGCGAUGAGG